AUGGACGAAGACGGCAUAAAACAGAACAAGGACUGGAAUAAGGAAAGAAUAUUUUUGCCUAAGGGUUGUAAGAAGGGGCUGUGUCAGCAGAACCUCCACUCUUUCGACCCCUUUGCUGGUGCAAGUAAGGGUGAUGACUUGUUCCCCACUGGCACUGAGGAUUAUAUCCAUAUAAGAAUCCAACAGAGAAAUGGUAGGGAGAUCCUUACCACAGUCCAGGGGAUUGCUGAUGAUUAUGAUAAAAAGAAACUGGUGAAGGCGUUUAAGAAGAAAUUUGCCUGCAAUGGGACGGUCAUUGAGCAUCCAGAAUAUGGAGAAGUGAUUCAGCUCCAGGGCAACCAGCACAAGAACAUCUGCCAGUUCCUGGUGGAGAUUGCACUGGCUGAGGAUGACCAGCUGAAAGUUCAUGGGUUUUAAGUGCUUGUGGCUCACAGAAGCUUGUGUGAGGAGUUCCUUGCAAUGAGUAGACUUGCCCUUCUGUCCCUUAUCACAAGUUUAAAAAAAACCUCACAGUUUGUAUAAUGUAACCAUUUGGGGUCCACUUUUAAUUUGGAUUAGUGCAACUCCUUCAUGCAAUAAACUGAAAAGAGCCAUGC